GUGCAGUUACGAAAAACAUUGUUGGUUUCUUUGCUAUUAAGGAAGGUUCGUUAUCGAAUGUCAACCGCUCCAUGGAAGGCUACAAAGUAGUGAUUUUGGUGGCGGUGUGCAAUCCCGCACUGACAUCCAACCCAACACUCAACGUGUCACCGACAAAUUCGUGUCGGUAACGCAACUCUGUCCCAACCAACUAGAUUCCCCCCACUUGUCUCCCUUCAACAUUUCCAUGAAUUUUGUAUUCAUCUUUUAUGUUUAAUUUGGGAAAUCUUCUAAUCCUUCUUUGCAUCUUAUUCGCCACAAUCUUUUCUCCACCUCUCUUUUCGAGUUUUUCCCAUAACCAACAACUUCGUUUUCAUGUUUUGUUUCCUAACCAAGUUUCUUCUUUCAGUUUCCCUGUGAGCAGAAAGACCCACACCAUUAGAGCACACACACAGGGCUGAGAGAGAGACGAAAGCAGUGGGGUUAUAACUUAUAACCAUGGGGCGUCGUCUCUUUGCCUGUUUUCGUAGGGGUUCAUCGUCUUCUUCAAGGAAUGAAGUCCAUGCCAAUGGGAAAACCAAUGGAACAGUGGUUGAAGCGUCGGCGGAAGGCCCAGUCCUGGUCGAGUUGUUCUCUUCACAGGGGUGUGUUACAUCGCCGGCGGCGGAGUUGCUUUUGUCGAGGCUAGGGAGAGGGGAUUUUCAGUUGGAUGCCCCGGUGAUUGUGUUGGCUUAUCACGUUGAUUAUUGGGACUAUAUGGGGUGGAAAGACCCUUAUGGUUCAAGCCUAUCAACUGUUCGACAAAAGGCUUAUGUGGAGGCUUUGAGGCUUGAUACCAUGUUUACACCUCAGGUUGUGGUUCAAGGCAGGGCUCAGUGUGUGGGUAAUGAUGAAGAUACUUUGUUAUCCAUCAUUGCCGGUGCUCCCAGGUUCCCUGCUCCAACAUUCCAGGCUAAUUUCCAAAGGCCUACAUCAGAGUCCUUACAAGUGACCUUAACAGGAGCUUUGAGGUCUAAAGUAGACAACAAUGGUGUCAAUAUAAUGGUGGCAUUGUACGAGAGCGGAUUGGUAAAUGACUGCCCAGCAGGUGAGAACAAAGGGAAAGUCUUAUCCAAUGAUUUCGUUGUUAGAAAGCUCGAAAAACUCUGUACUGUCAAAGACGUAUCUGCUAAGAAGACGGUCUCUGGCACUGUUACUUUCACUCUAUGGGAUGGUUUCAACAGUAGCAAAUGUUCUCUCGCUGUCUUUGUUCAGAACAACUCCUACCAAAUCCUUGGUUCUCAGAACUUUCAACUUCCAAAUGAUAUUUGAAAAUUAAGGGUUUAACCCGAUCGAUUCAUACAGUCGGCGGUGUCCGAUAGAUUUAGGACUCGAAUCCUUGUAUUUGCACCCCUUUCUCUUGUGCCUAGAUUAAGGCAUCUUUUGUAUAAAAAAGAUCCUGAAGUAUUGUGAUAUGAGUACAAAUUUUUAGGCAAUUUUCAUA